UUAGAUGUCAGUGAUCUCAGUUGAAGUGUAAUCAAAUCUUUAUUCAAAGAUGGUUGAUUCUGAUAGACACAUGGACGGCGUUUAUCGUUUAACAAGAAAUGAGAAUUUUCGUGAACAUUUGAUGGCACAAGGAAUAGAUGAGAAUAAAGCACAAGAAGUAGAUCAACUACGACCUUUACUCAAGAUAAACAUAGAAGGUAACGAUGUUACAAUCAGUACUGAGAUGGAGUCGGGUUCAACAACGUCAAUUUUAAAACUGGAUGAGGAAGUUGAAGAGAUGAUUGCAUUGGACAUGACAAUAAAGAGUAAAAGCACAAUGGAAGAUAACCGGCUGAAAAUUCAUUCUGAAGGACCAAAUGGUGAAGUUGGAAUAAGAAUAUUUGAAUUUUCUGAAACGGGAAUGAUAAUGACACUUUAUAGCGAUGACCCUGAUGUUCCGGAAGCUAAAAGGUUUUAUGAACGGAUAUGAUCAGAAGGAAGAAAACUACUAAUGAUUCAACCUCCUGAAAGAACACCUGAAAGUAUAUCUUGGUAUCAUCCUACUGGUGAAACUGGAAACAAAAUAUAUUUACAUGAUUAUUAUAAUAUAUACUAUUUCUUUGUGCAUCAGAUACGUAUUUUCACAUAAUCACA